GAGGGCUAAUUGCGCACUUCUGCUCGAGACUACAAGUUGAAGGAUCACGCAAGAGCACGGUGCCUGCGUCGGGUUAAAAUGGCCAGAAGGAAAGACAGACUGUGCUUGUGUAUCAGUAUUCCGGUGAUAUGUGUAAUUAUCAUCAUUAUUAUCUGCGUGGCUCACUUUAAGGAGGGGUGUUCCGGCAGAGCUUUCCAAAAAGCAGCAGUGGCGGCGGACUCGGAAACCUGUUCAAAGAUCGGCCGAGAUAUACUGCAGUCGGGUGGGUCAGCGGUAGAUGGAGCCAUUGCUACUUUAGUGUGCACGUCAAUCAUACACCCCCAGAGUAUGGGCAUUGGAGGAGGCUCUAUAUUCACAAUACUGGAAAAAAGUGGCAAAGUGAGAAUCAUCAAUGCUAGAGAGACUGUUCCAAAAGUUUUUAAAGCAGAUCUUCUUGCAGACUGUCCAACAACAUUCCAGCCAAUGGAAGGUGCUCAAUGGAUUGGUGUCCCAGGUGAUAUCCGUGGCUAUGAGCGAGCUCAUAAACUUUAUGGGCGUCUGCCUUGGGCCAUUUUAUUUCAGCCAACUAUCAAGAUGGCUAGAAAGGGCAUCCCCAUUCCUUAUGUGCUCUCUCGAUUUUUGCCAUUCUUAAAGGAGCAAAAAGAAUCACCACUAGGUCAGUUUUACCAGAAUGAACAAGGGGAGAUGUUAAAAGAGGGGGACAUAGUUAAAUUUGAGAAGCUAGCAGAUACUCUUGAGAAAAUUGCAAAACAGGGAGCAGAUGCAUUCUACACUGGAGACAUUGGCAAAGACCUAGUCAGUGAUAUACAAGAAGCAGGUGGAACAAUUUCUCUGGAGGACUUGAGCUCGUUCAGUGUAACCGAAUCAGAUGCCUGGGAUGUGACUCUUGGAGAGUAUGACAUGUACUUUCCCCCACCACCAGCAGGGGGUGCUGUACUUAGCUUCAUACUUAACACAAUGCUAGGUUAUAACCUAAGCCAUAAAUCUCUGCAAGGGGAGGAGAAAGUUUUAACAUUCCAACGAUAUGUAGAAACCUGCAAAUUUGCCAACGGUCUCAAGAGAUUCAUGAGAGAUCCCAACUUUGCUUCUCAAAUGGAGGCAGUUGAGAUCAUUCAGAAGCAUUUUGCUGAGAAAGUGAGAGCAAAAAUCAGCCCAGACCGCACGUAUGAUAUUAGCUACUACAACGUCACUCCAUACCUGGACUCACAUGGCACCACUCACGUGUCCGUGCUCGCUGAAGAUGGUAUGGCUGUGUCUGUGACCAGCACCAUCAACCACAUAUUUGGAUCCAGAAUUUACUCGUCUAGAACAGGCAUCCUCCUCAACAAUGAACUUGCAGACUUCUGUGGGAAAACAGAUAAAGUUCAUGCUGGCGAGCAGCCUCCUUCCUCCAUGUCUCCAGUGAUCCUCCACUCCCCAUCUGAGAAACACACAGUGGUCAUAGGAGCAUCAGGCGGUAGCAUGAUCACCACUGGCGUGGCACUGACCCUGUUGAACUUCCUGUGGUUUGGAAAGACUCUGAAAGAUUCCAUCGCCGCCCCUGUGGUGUAUGUGGACUCCAAAAAUGUUCUCAACUUUGAGCCCUUGUUUGACAAGGAAGUUGUAGAGUCACUUAACAAGAGUGGGCACCAAAUUAAAGCUCCACUUAUGUUCUAUAAUGUGGUUAAUGCAGUAUCAAAGAAAAACAACUGCAUUGAGGCCGUAUCUGACUCAAGGAAAAUGGGAAAAGCUGCAGGGUACUGACCUGGAGUGCAGCAGAGACCAAUUCAUAUCAGUUCUCUCAACUCUAAUUUAUUCGUCUGUCCUGUUUUUGGAGUACAUAAAACAAGAUUAAGUACACUGGGCAGAUUACAAACUAAAAUAAUAGCAGAAAACAGGUCAAACGGGUCAUACCUAUUAUACAUUUAAUUGUGAAAAAUCUGAAUGGAAUGAAGUACUUGUGUUGUACAUGUAUAUAUUAUGUUGUAUAUACAUUAUACAGUAUGGAAAUGUUUUGUUUUUGUUUUUUAAUAGAGCACAACAGUCUGGUUCCAGAAUUAAAAAUCCCAUUCAUUUUCUCCAUAGACAAAUUUAUUUUUAACCAUAACUUAUAAACCUUUAAAGACAGACCUACUAUGAGUUCCGUGGUUGUUAAUCAAGGUAUAUGCUUCUGUUGAGUCCACCAGUCUGCAUGAAGAACUGAUUUUUAUUUUGAAGAGAUAGGCAACAAUCAGAGAGUAGCAGGCAGCGGCAAACUAACCGGCACAAACAAGCUCUCCAGCGACCGUCCACUCCCAUGAUGCACACACUCUCAAACUAUGUAUAUAUUUGUAAAUAUCUGAAUAUUUUGCAAUAAAAAUAACAUAAAUUGUUCCUAUACUCAUCAACUUAAUAUCUAGAGUUUUUAUAUUUUUCCAUCAUUUUUAAUUCGAUUUCGUCACUUGCGGUGCUUCAUGGGAUUGUAGUUCAAGCCCUCAUUAAAGGAAUAGUUCACCCAAAAAUGAAAAUUUGCUGAUAAUUUACUCAUCCUCAGGCCAUCCAAGAUGUAUCUGAGUUUCUUCAUCAAAACAGAAUUUAAGAUUUUUAGGAUUUCAUUUCAGGCCUCCUCCUUUAAACAAUGCAAGUGAAUGUACUCCAUUUUUUGACGGUCCAAAAUGCAUAUUUAGGUGCAUCAAAAUAAUCCGCACGACUCCAGUCGACAAAUAAAGUUCUUCUGAACACAAACGAUUAUUUUUAGAAACAAAACAAUACUUAUAUACUUUUUUACUACAAAUGUUCACUUGCGUACAUCUCUGUGAUGUGCGCUCAUGAGAGGGAUGACGUAAGCUCGUUGGUAAGGUGACGCGUCACGUGGAGGAGGAGGCAGGAAGCGCGUCAUUGUUCUUGAAUUCUGUUUUGAUGAAGAAACUCCGAUACAUCUUGGAUGGCUUGAGGGUGAGUAAAUUAUCAGCAAAUUUUCAUUUUUGGGUGAACUAUUCCUUUAAGUGUGUUUUGUACCUUUGUCUUUUUGUCCAAUUUUCAAAUAGCUUUUUGCUUCCAAUCAAAGCUUAUUUUUGUAUUUAUCUUGGAGCUUGUUGGUUUGGUUCAUGGCUUAGAACUAAAAGGAUUUCAUGAAAUCCCUAUGGAAAAAAAUUAAUGGGAAAAAUACUUCCGGAAACCAGAUGGCUGAAAAGGUGGGCGGCUAUUGUUGUGCUUUAUAGUUUGCAACAUUAUUUUAAGGAGAAACAUAAAAUACUUGAAGUAAAAUGUAAUUACAUUUGAUACAUUUACCAAAAUGUGUUGAGUUGAUUUGUUUGCAGGGCUGUCUAACAGGGCAGAUAAAUGUCACAAUUUCUUAAACUGAAGUGGUUGUUAAAACAACGAGCACUGCAGUGACCCGUCCACUCCCAUGACAAACUGUGAAUUAUGCAUUAGAGUUGGUUUCCCUACAUUCUUAAUAAACACUAUAAAUGCGGUUUAAAAAAAAAAAAAAAAACUAACAUUGUUAGUUCAUGAUACCUAAUGCAUUAACUAAUCUUAACAAAUGGAACCUUACUGUAUAGUGUUACCAUUAAAAAUAUAUUGUUCCUGUACUUAAUUGUUAUAUUUCCUCACAUUUUUAAUUCGAUUACAUCAUUUGCAAUGCUUCAUGGGAUUGUAGUUUAUACCCUCUGUCAGAGCCGUGACUUGAACUCAGAUUUCUAGCACGAGAGUCAGACUCAGAACUCUUGAGCCACUAAAGGAUGGGAAACCACAGAGUAAGAUGCACUUAGAAGUUGAGAUGCAGAAAAUAUUUUAAUAAAAAGCUCAAGCAACAAAAAUCCACAGCUAGAGCAAAAAAUAAAUAAAUAAAUAAAUAAAUAAAUAAAUAAAUAAAAAUCCAAGGGCAGAGAUAAACAAAUGUCACAGAAUUUAGAGAACACUUACUCAGGCACUAGCUUCAGAACAACUAAACACCAAGCAAAGAAACUAGGAGACAGAGCCACUUAAAUACACAAAGCUGAAUGAAACACAUGUGAACCUAAUAACACUAAUUACAAGUUGAGAAAGAUGGACAAGAGAGCACCAUGAUGACCUCUAGAGGCCAAAACACAACACAAGGAAAAAUACUGACACCCUCAUUUAAGACGUUAAGUACACAAUCUUGUACCUUUGUCUUUUUGUCAGAUUUUCAAAUAUUUUUUGCUUCAAAUCAAAGCUUGUAAUGUUGUGAUUCACCUCGGAUUUUAUGAAAUCCCAAUGGAAAUACAUCCAGAAACAAGAUGGCUGAAAAAGUGGGUGUGCACUGUUGCGCUCUAUAGUUUGCGACAUUAUUUUAUGGAGAAAUAUUGUACUUGAAAGUAAAUUUCCAUUAUACUUUUUAUAUAAGCCAAAUUGUUUGUGUAAUGACUUGAUUUGUGUCUCUUAUCAGCAAUAAUUUUAACUAAAUAAAUGUUUUUGUUUAAGAGGCUUAAAACUUUGUACAAUAGAUUUUACAUA